GGGGUUACGGCGUCAUCGGCGCGCGCCGCGGAGCGCCAGCGCCGCCCGGCCGGGAACAUGUCGCCGCCGCUGUUCAGCCUGCCCGAGGCGCGGCUCCGCUUCACGACAUCCACCAGAGAGGCUCUGAUUAACGACAACAUCAAGCCGUUGUUGAGCGCAUUUAACCAGGUUCCUGGGAGUGAAAAUGAGAAGAAGUGCACUUUGGAUCAAGCUUUUAGAGUUGUUGUGGAAGAAGAAAUAAUAAACAAAGCUCCAUGUGACAAUCUCCUGGCAAUUAUAUCUCUUGCUAUUAAUGGAGUCACAGAAGGUAUCUGCACUGCAUCAACUCCUUUUGUGCUUUUGGGGGAUGUUCUGGAUUGCCUCCCUUUGGAUCAGUGUGACAAAAUUUUCACUUUUGUGGAGAAAAAUGUUGCUACAUGGAAAUCAAAUACUUUUUACUCUGCAGGGAAAAAUUAUUUGCUACGAAUGUGCAAUGACCUCCUUAGAAGAUUAUCUAAGUCACAAAACACGGUCUUCUGUGGAAGAAUUCAGCUGUUCUUGGCUAGGUUAUUUCCGCUUUCGGAAAAGUCAGGACUUAACCUGCAGAGUCAGUUUAACCUGGAAAAUGUCACUGUUUUCAAUACCAAUGAACAUGAGAGCACUCUGGGACAGAAGUGUACGGAGGAUAGAGCAGUCCCUUCAGCUUUUUCCAGGAGAAGUCAGGCUGUCGUUGCAAAGUUUAGUAAGCACGCUGAGGAGAGAGAAGAAGGAAUGGACGUAGAAGAAGGUGAAAUGGGAGAUGAUGAAGCACCAACAAGUUGUUCCAUUCCAAUAGAUUAUAACCUGUAUAGAAAAUUCUGGUCACUUCAGGAUUAUUUUAGGAAUCCUGUGCAGUGCUAUGAGAAGGUGUCAUGGAAAACUUUCCUUAAGUACUCAGAAGAAGUUUUGGCUGUGUUCAAAAGUUACAAGUUGGAUGACACUCAGGCUUCCCGAAAAAAGUUGGAAGAACUAAAAACAGGAGGAGAACAUGUAUAUUUUGCAAAGUUCCUAACUAGUGAAAAGCUGAUGGAUUUACAGUUGAGUGACAGUAACUUCCGGCGUCACAUCUUGUUGCAGUACCUAAUACUGUUUCAGUAUCUAAAGGGACAGGUCAAAUUUAAAAGUUCAAACUAUGUUCUAACAGAUGAACAGUCUCUUUGGAUAGAAGAUACUACAAAAGCAGUUUACCAGCUUCUUUCAGAAAAUCCUCCAGAUGGGGAAAGGUUCUCAAAAAUGGUAGAGCAUAUAUUAAAUACUGAAGAAAACUGGAACUCGUGGAAAAAUGAGGGCUGCCCAAGCUUUGUUAAAGAAAGACCUCCUGAUUCUAAACCAACAAGGCCUGUGAGAAAGAGGCCAGCUCCAGAGGACUUCUUAGGAAAAGGAUCAAACAAAAAAAUCCUUAUGGGGAACGAGGAACUGACCCGCCUUUGGAAUUUAUGUCCCGAUAACAUGGAAGCUUGUAAAUCUGAGAGUAGGGAAUAUAUGCCAACGUUGGAGGAAUUUUUUGAAGAAGCUAUUGAACAAGCAGACCCUGAAAACAUGGUUGAAAAUAAGUAUAAGGCUGUGAACAAUUCUAACUAUGGCUGGAGAGCACUGAGACUUCUGGCACGCAGAAGUCCCCACUUUUUCCAGCCAACAAACCAACAAUUCAAGAGUUUACCUGAAUAUCUAGAAAACAUGGUAAUCAAAUUAGCCAAGGAGCUGCCCCCUCCUUCUGAAGAAAUAAAAACAGGUGAAGAUGAAGAUGAGGAAGAUAAUGAUGCUUUAUUGAAGGAAAACAACGAAAGUCCAGAGGUGCAACGGGACAAAGCCAUGACGGGCGAACAGAUCGAGUUAUUUGCGAACAGGCUUGGGGAGCAGUGGAAGGCCUUGGCCCCCUACUUGGAAAUGAAGGAUUCUGAUAUCCGGCAGAUUGAGUUGGACAGCGAGGAUGUGAAGAUGAGAGCUAAGCAGCUGCUGGUGGCCUGGCAGGAUCAGGAGGGUGCACAUGCAACUCCUGAUAACCUGAUCACGGCGCUGACCAAAGCUGGGCUAAGUGACCUUGCCGAAAGCCUGACCAACGAUACCGAAGGCAGCAGCUAACUCGCUUCAGCUGCCAACUUGCUCUUUGACUUGGGGGGCUGGGGGUGUCAUUAAUUGUGACUGUUCUGGUGGUUGUCAUUGAUAAUUGUUACUAUUGUUGCUAGGUAACAGAUUUUUGAUAGGUAUUUUUUGUUCAGGAAAUGAUAAAGCUUUUUAAUGAUACUGUAGGAUUGUCCGGAUUUUCUGAGAAAAGGAUUAGUCAUCCCAAUCCAGAACUGGGAAGCUUUGUCUUUGGUGGUGGAAACAUAAAAGGGAGGAUGGAGAAGCAGCUUUCAGUGCAGGCUGCAGGAGGGUUUGGCACCAGCAGAGCUCAAGUCACUCCCGUUGGACAGAGCAGCCUCUCCAACUGCUGCUACCUUUGCGUGGUUUCUCAGAGCAGGGUGGGACUGCAUGUCAGGGACUUCUGAGUCACCCUUUGGGUGAUGGGGAACUGCAGACUAUCAAAACAUACCUGUUAUAGGUAAAAUAAGAGGGUAGUGAUGGAACUCCAAGUCCCAGCAUUGACUUCCAGUGAAGUGCUGUUGUCCCACUUGCCCGCUGAAGAACUGGUUCUGUCUGAACUUAAUUAGGUGAUCGAGGGGUUCCAUGCUUAUUUUUAUUAGUGAUUAUUUUUAGCCUCUCCAUGUGUUUGGCUAUGUAGGAACUCCCCUGAGUCAUGGGGAACGUGGUAACUUUUUGUCCCAGGUUACUGUGAAGUGACAGUUUCAUUUUAAGGACAUGGCUGUCUGUAGAUGGGUACAAGCCAUUUUCCCUCAACGAGUGGGAGAUUUUUGUAGUAUCAAGUGGCAGCUGGCUACAACUUGUUCUGUGGGUAUUUCUUGUAGUGUUUCUGCCAUUCACCAACAUCUCUCUGAUUUAUGAGUGUUUGGCAAACUACAUACCACUGAACUCCUCUCUGUAUUGUUUCAGCUAUUAAAUCACAGCUGUGUAUUUCUAGGGUGGUGAGAUGCCACCUCAGAAGCGA